UACAGCAGCGUGUUGCAAGGCGCUGCAUCACCUGCCAACUAUUCGCGUCCCCGUCGACAACUAUCCAUGUGAAGGAUACGCCGCGCUCGCCUCGCUCUCGUCCUUUUUGCAGUGUUGUGUUGUCUUCCAAAUUAAACAAAAAAUAAACAACUAUCAGUCAAAAAAAUGUUGCCCUACCUUGCUGCCAGCUGCUUGCUGCUGGCUCUAAGCUGCCUGCAGCCAACGACCGCGGCCAUCCACAAACGGAGCGGUGCCAACGCGGCCAACGGGCUGGGAGAGGAGUCAGCGAGCACCGGCCACUCCCACUCAAAGCAUGCGCCUAAUCCGGCAGGGAGCGUCGAGAACACGGACCUCUUGGAUAAACUGAGCUGGAAGUGCGCCAACAAUGCGAGCUGUCUGUACGGCGUUGCCAAUGGGAUCAUGGCCUCGUACCGACGGGGCGAAACCAUCAAGCUGGGACUCUUCGACCUGGUCAGGCUCCCCGACCUGGACGCAACACACAAGCACAAGUGGGGCACAGGCCGAGGCCUGGCCAGUUUCAUGGACUUUGUCAGUGGCAAUGCCGUGCGGGUGCCCGUUGGCCCCAUGGUGUUUAGUGUGCAGCGAUCGGAAGACGACACUGAUUACAUUGAGGUGGCGCUCCUGAAGAAGGCCUCCAGCGGCACAGGGCGACUGCAGGGCAACGGCGGUGGAGGUCUGCUUGGAGGCGGUGGUGGCAGCGGCCUUGGAGGCGGCGGUAACGGGGGAGGCGGCCUACUAAGCGGACUAGGAGGUGGCGAUAGCGGAGGUGGGGGUGGAGGUGGAGGAGUCUUACGCCGACGACAUCAGCACCAGGACAAGAAGCAGUUCCAGAUGCUCAUACCCAUGUAUCUGGCAGCGACAACAUUUGGUUGGACAAUGGUGGCCGCCAAGGCGGUGGGUCUGCUCACUCUGAAGGCUCUAAUCCUAUCAAAAAUCGCAUUUGUCGUGGCUGCUAUAGUCCUGAUCAAGAAGCUGAUGGAUAAUGCCAGCGAAAAGAUGAUGUACCAGUUUCCGGAGCAAACUCCCUAUAUGAUGCCUUAUGGAAUGGACUAUGGUGGUCUUCAUGGCGGCGAUAUCUCUCCAGAGAUGUAUCCAGGCUCGCUGCAUCAUCUGGCGAUGGCCGGCGGCGGCCAACUGCCCGGUCAUCCUGGCCUGGAGAGCCUCAGCGCCGAGAGUCAUCUGCACUCACAGGUCUCCAGCGACGGCAGCAACCACACCCAGGUGCUGGCAGCUCUGGGCGGUCUCGGCGGCCUGGGCCAUAAAAUCAAACGUGAGGACUCUUGGAUGGCGAAGAGUAAGUCCAAUCCAGCCAGGCGGCCACUCAUCUAUAACUACGUUCAGCCGCACAUGCCCUACUACCGCUCCUGAGGCGAUGAUUAGGCAAUUAGUGCAGCUGUUGGCCCGCCCACCCCAAUGCCCGCUACCAAAGACCGUAGACGCGUCGACCAGGAGGAGGAGGAGGUGAGGAGAGGAGAAGGUUGUUCUGCUGCCAUAGGAGGAACAGCGGACGUGACACGCGAUUGCGAAACAUGAGGGAUCCCACUCGCCCGGCCACGUGGAGUGCUUUAGGCUGCUUUUAAUUUAAUGAGCUUAUUUAUUGUUAUUAUUUAUUAUUUAUUGAUUUGUUCUUAAUUUAGUGAAACCUAGCGC